CAAACGUUGCUCAUUUUCACUUGUAUCAUGAAAAGAAGAGAGUAUAAACGGUUGAGGCUGAAGCGGGAGGUAGGGUUAAUUAGUGCGAUCUCUCUGGUCGCAGGCACUAUGAUAGGAUCGGGGAUCUUUAUGUCCCCUCAGUUUGUGAUGUCCAGUGUUGGAAGCCCUGGAGCGAGCUUGAUCGUUUGGGCUGUGUGUGGCCUGGUGACUCUAUGUGCUGCACUCAGUUAUACAGAGCUCGGCACCAUGUACAGGGAAUCCGGAGGUGAAUUCAUCUACGUCCUGAGAAUCUAUGGACCCUUACCGGCAUUCUUUCUAGCAUUCACUUUCAUAAUCGUGGUGAAGCCAGCAAGUAUUGCAGCCAAGGCACUGAGUUUUGCUCAGUAUGCUGUGGCUCCUUUUUAUCCAGGCUGCAUGCCACCUACAUUGGUGGUGAAAUGUAUUGCAGUGGUGUGCAUUUUGGUGGUGGCGAUCAUCAAUAUGCAGAAUGUUCGCUUUGCCAUGGCCAUUCAGAUUAUCUUCCUAGUGGCCAAAGUGGUAGGUCUAAUGGUGAUUGUUAUUGGUGGAAUGGUGCCUAUGAUUCAGAGUGGCCUGGAAAGCCUUGGAAAUUUGGAUAAUGCCUUUGAGUGCACAAAGCUGGGACUCAGUCCGAUUGGAAUGGCUGUAUAUCAGGGACUUUGGUCUUUCGCUGGAUGGUCUAAUCUAAACAUUGUGACUGAGGAGUUGAAAAAUCCAGAGGUAAAUCUACCCCGGGCAUUAAUAAUUGCCAUCCCGAUGGUAACCAUCCUCUACUUGCUGGUCAAUAUCAGUUAUCUGGCUGCCAUGACUCCUAGAGAGAUGAUGGUAUCCGGUGCUGUGGCAGUUACUUGGGGUAAUAAGGUCCUGGGCAGCUGGGGCUGGGUGAUGUCUAUCGCUGCAGCGCUAUCAUCUUUCGGCUCUCUGAAUGGAUCCUUUUUCAGUGGAGGACGAGUUUGUUUUGUAGCUGCCCGAGAGGGUCAUAUGCCUAACAUCCUGGCCAUGGCACAUGUGCGGCACCUCACUCCCUCUCCAGCUCUCAUCUUCACCACCAUCAUCUCCCUCAUUGUACUAAUUCCUGGAGAUUUUCAGGGCAUAGUCAACUUCUUCAGCUUUACAGCCUGGUUCUUCUAUGGAGUUACGAUAUCAGGGUUGCUCUACCUAAAAAUAAAAUUUCCUGAUCUUCCUCGUACAUACACGGUACCUAUUAUUAUCCCUAUCCUGGUGCUGCUGUCAGCCGUGUUCCUGGUUCUAGCUCCCAUCAUUGACAAUCCUCAGCUUGAGUACCUGUAUGUCACUCUCUUCAUCUUAAGUGGAGCUUUGAUUUAUAUUCCAUUCAUUCACUUCAAAUUGUGUCCACACCUGCUGGACAAAAUCACAGUGCUCCUGCAGCUCUACCUCGAGGUGGCGCCAGCUGACAAAAAUGUAUAAACCAACAAAUCAGACAGUGAGGCUGGUCAAUAAUUAUCUCUUAAUGUCUCCAAAGCAAUGUUUCAACAAAUCUGUCAGUCAUUCAUAGCUUAAAUUUUUUAUUUUUUUUGCUAUUGUUUCUUAGUAGUUUUAAUUUUUCCAAAGGCAUUGUGUCACAGAGAUUGCUAUAAGAUAGUACAGCAAACAUCACAGUGGAUACUCAUUGUAAAUUCUGUAGUAAGGUCAUCUUAACUUUAUUAUACUUCUGAAAUGGGCUUAAAUUUCCUAUUGCACUGUUUGAGCUGUUGAAACAAAUAAACACAUGGAAAGUA